CCGGCGCCGCGCUACGAGGAGCCGCCGUGGGGCGCGCAGCCGCCGGCGGACGCGGGCUACGCGCUCGAGGUGCUCAAGGGCGGCGUGUCGCGGGGCGCGCUGCGCCUGGCGGGCGGCAGCUGGUUCCUGGUGGGGCGGCUGCCGGGCUGCGCCGUGCCGCUGGAGCACCCGUCCGUGUCGCGGCACCACGCCGUGCUGCAGUACCGCGGCGCCGGGCCCGCCGGCUUCUACGUGUACGACCUGGGCAGCACGCACGGCACCUUCCUCAACAAGGCGCGCGUGCCGCCGCGCACCUACUGCCGCGUGCGCGUGGGCCACGGGCUGCGCUUCGGCGGCAGCUCCCGCCUCCUCCUGCUCCAGGGACCAGAAGAGGACCAGGAGUCCGAGUCGGAGCUGAGCGUAACUGAGCUGAAGGCCCUGCGCAAGCAGCAGCAGGCCAGGCUGGAGAAGAGGAUGCUGGGGGAGGACUCUGACGAGGAGGACGAAAGCGAGGAGAGGAGAACGGAGAGCAGCCAGAACAGCGACAUGAGCUGCUCCUGGGGAAUGGGGGAGGAUGCUGAGGAGGAUGAGGCUGAAGAAAACCCUAUUGCUAUUGAAUUUCAGGAGGAACAUGAUGCCUUCUAUAUGAAAGAUCCUAGGAAGGCCCUACAGGGCUUUUUUGACAGAGAAGGAGAAGAGCUGGAAUAUGAAUAUGAUAAUCGUGGGCACAAUAGCUGGCUAUGCAGAGUCAAAUUGCCUGUGGAUGAUGCAUCAGGGAAGCAGCUGGUGGCAGAGGCUCUCCACACAGGCAAGAAGAAGGAAGCAAUGGUACAGUGUGCACUGGAAGCCUGCAGGCUGCUGGAUGCCAGGGGAGUGCUGCGGCAGGAAGCAGUAUCCCGCAAAAGGAAAACAAAGAACUGGGAAGAUGAGGAUUUCUAUGACAGUGAUGAUGACACUUUUCUUGAUCGAACUGGUGCUGUAGAAAAGAAACGACUCAACAGAAUGAAAAAAGCUGGUAAAAUAGAAGAAAAACCAGACACCUAUGACACUCUGGUCAGAAAAUUAAAUGAAGCUGAAAAUGAGCUUUCUGAGAUAACAGCAAAGCUGAAGGCUUCAGGGAAAGCCCAGUCCCAGCCAGCAGCUCAAGACUCUUUGGAUGAGUUCAUGACAGAAAUAAAAUCAGAAGGCGCCUUAGACAGCAUUGCGCGGAAGAAGCUUCACUUGAGGACUUUUGAACUGAGGAAAGAGCAACAGAGACUGAAAGCUUUAAUAAAGCUGGUCACACCUGCAGCACUGCCCGAGCUGAAGCCCUACAGUGGAAGUUACAAGACGGAUGCAGAUAGCAAGCCUAAAAAGAUGACCCUGCCUAUGUUCGGUGCAAUGAAAGGRGGGAGCAAGUUCAAGCUGAAAACUGGAAGCCUAGGGAAGGUACCUGUCAAGCGUCCAGAUGUUCCUGAAAACUUGUUAAAAAUGAAAGAUGAUGGACCAGAAGAGGAGGAGGAGGAGGAAGAGGAGGAGGAGGAGGAAAUGGAAGAAGAGCAAGAAGCAGAUGCACUAAACAGCAGAACAUCAAAACUAGAAGUGAAAAAGACAGCAGAGGAGGAAACAGGGAAAGAGAUUGAUGUCACUGCUUCUUCUCUCCAUGAUGGGCUUCACGUCCUGCCUGAGCCUAAGGUACUGAGGAGUAAAUCUCAGAUGGGCCCCUCGCAAGAGAAAUCUCCAGCAUCUGAGACAGUAUGCAAGGAAUCCGAAGAGCCAUCCAAGAAUGCUAAGAAAAACAGCUCGGGCAAGGUCCAGCCAACUUUCUUCUCCUCACAGUAUCCAGAUGAUGACCCAGACUACUGCAUAUGGAUCCCUCCUGCAGGUCAAAGUGGUGAUGGCAAGACUCAUUUAAAUGAAAAAUAUGGCUAUUAAGAUUCAGACUCCAGAAGAUGCUCUGAGGUUUAAAGGACUGCUCUACAUUGGACUCUUUUCUGCACRUCAGCUGAGAUAGUCAACUGAAAAGUUGUUCUUGAGAUAUUAUUUCAAAUUCAAGGACAUCAACAGCCAUUGUGACUAUUAGCUUUCCUUAUUGCAUCAGCUGUUUGUUUACCAACACCCUUUUUAAAGAUUCCUGACCCUUACCCACCUGUUCUGCCUUUUCCUUCCACUUUUAACCAUGCCCUUUUCACUUGCUGUGGACAUGUAGACUCAUUUUUUUUUUUUUUUUUUUUUAUGGAAAAUUAUACAAAGAUAGUUAAAGAAAAACACCCUUUGUGUAUCUGUGGGCUUGAUUAAAAUUUAUUUAUGCUGGUGUCAUGGAAUUAAAACAAGAAGCACGAUGUUUUGCUCAGUUGCUCCUACUUGAAAAUAAUAGGGCAAACAGCCUAAUAUUCAUAUUUUUGAUUGAAAACCUUUAAAAAAAAACCCCAGCUCUUUACCCUCCUCCUACAUGUAGGUUUUAAAAGCAGGUGCUAGAACACUAAAUAUCAAGUGGACUUGGAAAGAUAAUAUUGUGUUGCAAGARUGUAAAAAAUCUGGAGAGCUGAAGAGAAUAUUUUUUCUUGUCUUAAAUAAGAAGGUAACAGAAGAUACAAUGAAAGGAUAUCCUGGAAAAAAAAAACUUCUAAUUAAGUCUGUUCUUCCCCUGCUUCAAGGCAAGGACAAUGGAGCCUUUUUUGCAGUUUCUACAAUAGACUUAUCUGUCUAUUUCAGCUAUGACCUUCUUCAUUCUAACCUCUAACACCAUUUGGUGAUAAAGUAAGGUUCAGAGAGCAAUUAGGUGUUUUUAUGAAAUGGUAACAAGAACACCCAAACCAGGUGUGACGGGUGUGCUCCUUCCCCAGCUCAACCUGGCUUUUCACAGGUAGUCCUAUUCAGGUGUUAACCACCAGUGACAUUAGCUGAUCCUUGUGGCUGCCUCCCUGAUUUCUUUCCCCACUUGGGCAUUAACCAGUAAUAACAGUCCUGAUGGCUGCAUCCUGAUGGGGAGGUAAAGCUAAUUGUGUGUACCCCA